AUCAUCAUCAAAGCAAACUCUAUAUCCAUACCCAUACAUUACAUACACACACCACCAAAUUGUUCAGGCAACAGGGCAGCAGGUCCACUUUCUGAGCUACAUAUAUCUCCAGCUUCUUCUCGUACGGUUCUUAGAGGUAUGGCGGUUCCAGCUCGAGUCUUCACGCUCUUGGUGCUCGCAUCAGCUGCCGGUUGGGUGUCGGCCAUGGCAGCUAAUGCUCCGGCACCACCACCAACAGGGUGGCUGAAGGCGCAUGCCACCUUCUACGGAGGCGCAGAUGCCUCCGACACCAUGGGCGGCGCGUGCGGGUACGGCAACCUCUACUCCCAGGGCUAUGGCACGCGGACAGCGGCCUUGAGCACGGUGCUCUUUCAGGAUGGGGCCUCAUGCGGUCAGUGCUACAAGAUCGCGUGCGACCGCAAGAGAGCCGACCCCAGGUUCUGCAAGCCCGGCGUCACGGUGACCGUCACGGCCACCAACUUCUGCCCGCCCAACUUGGCGCUGCCCGAGGGCGGCUGGUGUAAUCAGCAGCGCCCGCACUUUGACAUGGCGCAGCCGGCAUUUGAGAAGAUCGGCGUCUACAACGGUGGUAUCAUCCCUGUCAUGUACAAGAGAGUUCCUUGCGUGAAGCGAGGUGGGGUACGCUUCACCAUCAAUGGGCAUGACUACUUCAAUCUUGUGCUUGUGACCAAUGUUGCGGCUGCCGGCUCCAUCAAAUCCAUGGAAGUCAAGACCUCGAAUUCGAGUAACUGGUCUCCAUUGGCACGCAACUGGGGUGCAAACUGGCACUCUCUUGCAUAUCUUACAGGGCAGAUGCUCUCGUUUAGGCUCACCAACACGGAUGGACAAACUAUUGAAUUCACAGAUGUGAUGCCACAAGAAUGGAAGUUUGGCCAAACAUUUGCAUCCAAGUUGCAGUUCAAGUGAUGAUGAGAGCUCCAUCAUGCAUCUAGGAUUAUUAUUUCUGGUGACUCAUUUAGUUACAGAAGUUUGAUUUAAAGAUGUAUAGCUGGUCAAAAUGCAUGAAUAAUGGACUUGCUUGUCUUGUACACUUGUACUCAUCAGCCACCGCUAUGUAUGGCUUUGUAUCUCUCAUUCUUUCUAUUGUACAGUCCUAUGUUUAAAUUUAUUUUUUAUGGUGUAUAUAAA